CCGCGCCUCUCCCGCAGAGCCAACACAGCCAAGAGCUUCAACUGGUUUGGCCUUGUGUGUCAGCAGGAUGGUUUGUCAUGUUCCUUUACCGGGGAUCCCUUGUUGCUGGUGAUGGGUGAGCCUGCACAAACACAGCUUCCCUUGCACAUCCCAGGCUCCUCUUUAGCCCACUGUCCUGAAGACAAGGGGUUCUGGCUGACCAGGAGUCUCUGUUAGCAGUUCAGGUUGGCUGGAGAAUGGAAGGUGUUGAGUUCAAGGAAGAAUGGCAAGAUGAAGAUUUUCCAAGGCCCCUGCCAGAGGAUGAUCCUGUUGAGUCUGAAGCGUUGGCUGCAGCUGGAACAGAAAGCCAGGCUGGUACCGAGGUUAAUGGAACCAAAGUGAGGAAGAAACUAGUGGCUCCAGAGAUCAGCUUAAAUUCGGAUCCCACUGAGGAAUCUGUUGUGUCUGAUGACCUGGAUGAGAGUGGAGAGAUUGAUCUGGAUGAUAUAGAUACUCCUUCAGAAAACAGUAAUGAAUUUGAAUGGGAAGAUGAUCUUCCAAAACCAAAAACUACUGAUGUGCUGAGGAAGGGCUCCCUGAGCGAGUACAGGGAGGCAGAGGAGAAGGAUGACGGGCGGCGCUGGCGCAUGUUCAGGAUCGGAGAGCAGGACCACAGGGUGGACAUGAAGGCGAUCGAGCCCUAUAAAAAAGUGAUCAGUCAUGGGGGUUAUUAUGGUGAUGGGUUAAAUGCCAUCGUUGUGUUUGCUGUUUGCUUCAUGCCUGAAAGCAGCCAGCCUAACUACAGAUACCUGAUGGACAAUCUAUUUAAGUAUGUGAUUGGCACUUUAGAGCUGUUGGUAGCUGAGAACUAUAUGAUAGUUUACCUGAACGGUGCAACCACACGGCGGAAAAUGCCCAGUUUAGGCUGGCUCAGGAAGUGUUACCAGCAGAUUGACAGAAGGUUAAGGAAAAAUCUGAAAUCAUUGAUUAUAGUUCAUCCUUCUUGGUUCAUCAGAACACUCCUGGCCAUCACAAAACCUUUUAUUAGCUCCAAAUUCAGCCAAAAAAUUAGGUAUGUCUUUACCCUGGCAGAGCUAGCUGAGCUCAUCCCCAUGGAGUACGUUGGCAUCCCCGAGUGCAUAAAACAGUAUGAAGAAGAAAAGUUUAGAAAGAAACAGAAAAGAGUUGACCAAGAGCUGAAUGGAAAACAAGAGCAGAAAGGUGAACAGUAAGUUUGGAGUGCAAACAAGACUGAAGAAUAUGCAGAUGGGAUGAUGCUGUUUCCAUUUCCAAUGUGUUCUCUGUGUAUGUAUCAUAUAACCUGUUGCAAAAGGUGCUUUGGACGAGCACAAGAACUGCUUCCUGCUGUACUGGUUUGUCUUGACUUUAAUAGCUGUUUAUGUACUCGUUUUAUACUGCAAAAUGUCAAAGAACCCUGUGUUUUUCAGAGGAUGUUCUUGCAGUUGUUUAUCUAAAUGAUGCAUGUUCUUCAGUAAAAUAUUUAUAUACCUAAAUGUUAAAGGAAAGAGAUAAUAUAUAUUUUUAUGACUGAGCAAUGUAUUGUGUGUGCCUGCUGAAGGAGUUCAUUUGCAGGUAGGCAAGGCCAUGAGUUACUUGUUUUUAUUGUAUAAAUCUGUUUUGCUGUAAAUGGUCAAGUGCAUUUCCUCAUUGUUGCAGAUACAUUUGUUUGGUUAUUAGCAAUCACAUGAAGUCUU